CGGCAGAGGAUAGAGGAUAGAGAGAGCGAAGGGGAGGUUGAGGGGGAUAUCUGGAGAAGGGCGUCUCCUCGGCUUGGGGUUUCGGUUUCAGGGUCGGAGAUUCUUGAGGGUUCUCGGUCGGACGUCGAGGUGCUCGAAUGCGAGGGUGGUUUCCCGGUGGGACGUCUUCCGGUGUUGUGGGUGGAAUUAUGCGCCGAGAUCGGGCGGAGAUCGGACGGCAGGAGGUGGUCGAAGGUCUGAGUUAGAUGAGCGGGAGGGCGAUCGACGCCGGGGGUGAUGGACAGGAAUAGGGAGGUUAGGAGAGCACAGCCGAUGGCGAAUGGGUUGCCGCGGAGGAGGCCGCAGAGGAACGGCGGUAGCGGGAUGAGGGACUCGCCUGAGGAGGCAGUGGCCGGAGAGCUGCAGGAAAUGGCGGCCGUGCGGCUGAGGGAUCGAAAGAAGGAUCGGUUGAGUCGGAGCAAGAGGCGGAGGGGGGAAAGGUUGCAUGGUAACAGGGAAGAGGGAGGGGACGAGAGCUCUGAAGAGAGUGUGGAUAUUGAGGAAGAGGACGAUGACGAGGAUGAGGACUCGUCCGUAGCGAACCACCGAAGGGGUAACCCGCCUGCGGCAGCUAAGAUCGUUAAGCCGCCAUGGAAGGUCCCCGAUGAGAUGAUUGGAGUGCCGGUGCCGCGGAAGGCUCGGUCUGCUUCAGUGAAAAGAUCACAUGAGAGCUCUGGUUCAGGGGGUGGAGGAGGAGACCAGUUUCCAGCCCUGCGACAGUGUUCCACUUCUCCGGCAACUCCUAGUGCGGCCUCCGUUUCGCCACCUUCAUCCAACGCGUCAAUCCGUCGGAGAGUGAAGCCGAUUGGAGCGAAACAGAGGCCUGCGAAGGUAGCAAAGGUUUCAAACCAGGAGGAGAUCGAGAUCGAGGUUGCGGAGGUCCUGUUCGGGUUGAGGCAAUACCCGGCCCCCUCUGUGAAUCCAGAACUCGCAGGCAAUCCUUCGUCCAUGAAGGUGGAGGACAGGGAGGAAGAAUCCUCGACUUUGGUGGGAAAGGCCCGAGCGUCGUCCCCUCUCUCCCCUCAGCAAUCGGUCGGUCUGCCGCCGAAGGCUUUGAGCUCGAUGGCGGCGGCUUCCCCAGCUUUGGGGGCUCCGAAGAGGAAAAGGCCUCGGCCGGUGAAACCGGAGGAGGAAAAGAGCGGAUUUGGAAGUGGGGUGAUUUCGACCAUUUCGGCCUCCUCUAUUGAUGAGGCAGAGAAGAUGGAGGUCUCUUCUCCCAAGGGAGACAAAAAUAGCUUGGAUGUAGUUCCCAAUGGGGUCGAUGGUGCGAGAUCCAUAAAGUUUGAGACCAAUCAGGAAUCAGAGAAAUUUCACCUCAUCCAAGAAAAUAAGCCUGCAUUUUUGGACGCAACGGCUAAAGCGGCUGAAGAGAAGGUGAUUCCGGACGUAAUUUGUAGCGAGAAGUCCGAGCCGCAGGUCGAAUUGACUGGUUUGGUGAAGCCCGAAGUUAGUUCUGAAGAUGCCACUAAAGGGUUUUCUUCUAGUCUCUCCACAUGCGAUGGGCAGAAGGAGCAGAACUUCAAGAUUGAUCUAAUGGCUCCUCCUGCGAAGUCUAUGAUGGACGGGGAUACAAAUGGUGAUUCGACUUUGGAAAUCGAGGCCGUGAAUGCGAAAGAGGAAAUCAUCCUGUCUGAAGGGAAGGAGAAAGCGGUACCGAAGGUGCAGGAAGAGGUUCCUUCAAACGACUCUGAACUAGAGAAGCGAGCAGAGAUGAGUGGCGCGGGCGAACAGGCAAAGCAAAGUAAAGAUCGGAUGCUUGAUCUGCAUAUGGAUGUGGAAAUAUCAGAUCGGGAAGGCUGCAAACAGCACGGUCAGAAGAAUUCGAAGGUCGCCAGGGGUGAUAUGAAGGCACCGGACGUGUAUAUUCAGAAGGAGAAACCUGCUCCACAUGGUUCUGGCACUGCACCAGCGAUGGCGGGACCAGCGCCUUUGCCGCAUGUGACGAUUCCUGGCUGGCCGGGCGGUCUUCCUCCUAUUGGGUAUAUAGGUCAAGCCCCAGCAAGUUGGCCUGGAGCUCCACCUGCUCAAGCAGUGGUGUCGAUGGAGGGCAACCCGGGAGCGCCAACGCUUCAGCCGCACAUUCUCCUGCCUCAUCAACGAUACAAACGCUGUGCUACACACUGCUUCAUUGCCAAGAUGAUUAGUUAUCUACAACAUAUAGCUCGUAUUAAUCCAUUUUGGGCUGCGGCAAGCAAUGCUUCUCUAUUUGGAGCCAAACCUUGCAACCUCAACGCAAUGCCGUCAACGGAAGGGAUGAUACUUGCUGGCCCCAUAUCAGGCGCAUUUCCUGCUGCCAACUUCACGACUUCUGGGAGGACCGCAGCCUCAAUACAGGACAAGGGUAAUGGAAAUGCUGCCACUUAUGGUAGCCAUACACCUAAAGAGAAAGCUUCAGCCCAGGUUGCAGAUGGCCCGCGGAAGCAGCAAACAGCUGUCCAGCAACCAACCAUUGCGCCGUCUGCAGCUAACAUACCGCAUGGCCAUGCCAUAAUCUUCCCCCUGAAUCAGGUGGCAGCAGCGGUCAGACCUGGAGGAUCAGAAACCCCCGUUAGUGGGCACGCUGUUGCUCCGUCGGCAGCUCAAGUUGGUGGCUCUGGAGCAGUUGCUACUGUGAACUACAAUUAUGCAAACUUUCCCACCAACGAAGCUCAGUACAUAGCAAUGGUACAGGGCAGUGACUAUCCUUUCCAGAUUCCUGCCCAUGUUGGAGCUGCAGCAGCUGCUUCAGCUUAUAGAAGCAGCUCUGUGCAUCUGGGCCAGGCGGCUGCUGCACCACCUCCACAAUUCUUCAGUGGAUCCUUUUAUGCAUCACAAAUGCUUCAUCCUUCUCAAAUCCAGCAGGCUCAAUCUCAGGCUCCUCAACAGGGACAGCAGAAUCCAAGCACUUCCAGUGGUUCCUCUUCAUCUCAUAAGCACUCUCAGCAGCAGCGUUUGCAAGGUGGCGGUGGCAGCAGUUCGCAUAACUACAAACAACAGCAGCAGUUGCAACAGGAGCCGCAGCUGCAGGUUCCACAAAAAAUGCACCAGUCUCCAUCCAACUCUGUUCACCCUCAUCACAACUCGAAUGCCUCACAGCCAUGCCAAAGAGAAGCUGGUCAUCCUGCUGAAGGGGAUAGUCCAUCGGCUGCAGAUAGAAAAGUCUCCCCUAAUUUCCUUACCCAUGCCAAUCAUCAUCUUCAUCCAACUGUCAAUACGAGCUAUGGCAUCAGCCCUCUUCCUGUUCCCAUCCAUCAUGCUCAAAAUUUUUCUAUCAUGUCUUCCUUGGGCAGUACCAAGAAUGGUGAGAAGCAGCUUCUUCAGCCUCAGAGUUCAGAUCCUCAUCUUCAAUAUAGUCUAAAAGGCAUGGAGUUCCUGCCAUCUCAGACUUUUGCCAUGUCUUUCCCUCCAGGCAUUGACUUCUCCAUGGCUCAAGGUCAUCAUGCUAUAUUUCAGAAUUUACCAGAGUCUUAUAGACAGAGUUAUCAACUUGCAGCUGCCCAGGCUGUUGCAGCGGCAGCUUCUGCUCAGCAACAGCAUGUGCAGCGCCCCACUAACCAAAAGAUUGGAGACGAUAGUAAGAGUGCCAGUGACCAUAUUGGUGGUGCUAUUAGUCAAGAAGAAAGGACAGCGGGUGGUACAAAGGCUGCUCCUGCUGUUGCUUCCCACACACUCACUUUUUCACGGCAGUCAGAGAAUAACGAGAAUGCCUCCAUCUCCAUCUUUGGUUCCUCUCCUUCUCAUGUUUCUAACCCUGCCAUCCUUGAAAAUCAGUCGCGCAGCCUCAAUCUUGUCUCAGCUCCUGCUAAUGGAACUCGGGUGUCUUGCCCUACUUCUUCCAGUACUACCAAUACCCAGCAGUCACAGCAGCAGUCUCAGUUCAUUGCCCGUUCAAAAUCGGGUACAAGCAACGCAAAUGUACCAACUGUUUCCUUACAGACUGCUAUUCCCGUGUCUUACACUGACCGUCUUCCAGUAAACAUGUUUCCUGGUGGGCUGUCUGCUUUUCCACAAGCUCUAAUUCCAGGGACUGCACAAUCGCCUCAGUGGAAAUCUGCAGCAGCGGUGUCUAACGCAAGAACAGUAGCAUCUGCAUCUCUCCCGUCCCCACAAAAGCAACCUAAAGGUCCUGUUGCCGGACCUGGUUCUUCUGCUGUACAUUCACAGAUAUCUUUUGCUAACAAUGGCGUGAAUGCAAAGGUUACUGCAAUGCCAAUGGGGGGACAUGUGACACACGGCCUGCCAAAUUCUUCCUCAAGUAGCAAUGUCUCUAAUGCUGCUCCAGCCAGGCCGCACUCGUCCACUCCCAUUACUGGAUCGCCUUCACCCUCCAUUACAAAGAGCAGUGGAAACCCCUCUACUAGAACUGCUGCAGCCACUAAAGGAGGGGUUUUGCCUACACCAGUGCCAGCUGCUUCACAGCCACAAAAGAAUUCACAUACAAGCUCGAAUAGAAAGUCUUCUCCACCUCUUGGUGGUCGAAACAAUUUGCCUUCAAGUUUCGGGCAUCCGCAGUUGGUGCAGGGUUCAUCGCUUAAGCAGUCGCAACAGCAGCCUGUCCAGCCGUCAAACUUAAAAACCCAGCACCAGUCUCAGCCACAACUUAAUAAGGCACAAUACCAGCCCGCUCAGAUCUAUUUUGCCAAUAACUACCUUGCUGCACAGUCUUCUCAGGCCCCUCCACAUGCUGCUGCAGGGUACUACCCAAAACCAUCUUCUUCGGUGCAGUCAUCCAUCUGUAACCUGCCCCAAAGAAGACCGUCAUCGGAGCAAUCACAGAACUUGACGUCAGUGUCUUCAAAUUCUGCGGCCACAGGAGCACUCUCACUAGGUGGAUCCAGUCUCUCUCUCACCAGCUCUGCUCCUGAAUCGUUGAAGUCUGGUAAUACCAGUAAUGCUGCUCCUAGGGGCAGUGUAGGAGUCCUGCACACUCACCAGUUCACCACUCCCUUGAGCACAGCUGCCAAUCCAGCUAACAACCCCACUGCAGCAGCUGUUGUGGCUGCGGCCUUCCCUUAUCUUCACGCGGUGUCCACUGUGCCUAUGAAAUCUGCAGAUCAUAGCUCUGCAGGAACUAAACAGAAGCAAGAAAAGAUCCAAUGAGUUUUUGCAGUUUUAACUGUGGCAGGAUACAGAUGACGAGGGUGCUCAUGCAUAAUUGGCAGCCCGAGGAUGAGAAGCUACUAAAAAUCGGUGAUCUGGUUGCUGGAGGUCAUCUCGCGCUCGUGAUGCUACUACUGACCGUAAAUCAGGGAGACCGAAGCUUUUGUUUCCUCCAUCCUCUCUUGCAUAGGGGUAAGUAGUGAGAUGCAAGGGUAUGCUGAAGGUCUGGUGGAGGGCGAAGAAAGCUCUAGAUGGCGACACGUACACGUUGCUCAUGACUCUGGUCCUUGCUGUUGUAAAGGUCUCUAACUCGGCUCUCUUUAACAGCAGGAGGCCUGUAGAUGGUGCGCCCAUCUAGAGGGAACCAGUGUAGGGGGUUUGCGCUGACCCAUGUGUUAUCUAGCUACGGUGAAACAGGAAAACUGUUUCUGGUUUUUAGACAGUUUUGCCCAUCUUUUUCCGCCUCCCAGAAAAUUGAAUCUACCACUCUUGCGUUCUACUGUCUCGCUUAAAUUUCUUUUUCUUGUUCAUGUGUUUGGUCAUCAAUGGAAAAGGGGGUGGCGUUGGGAUAAUUGAGGGUUGGGAUGGGAUUUUUUCACCGCAUUGGCUUGUAUGAACCUGCUGAUACGCGUUCUUGACCGGAGGACGUGGUUGCUUCUUUUCAUUUUUGGAUACAUGCACCGUGUCCAAGUUGCCUUUCUUUUUCUUUUCCCUCCAUCAGUUCGUUAUGUUUAGUGUUUUUUCUUUUUUAAAUUUGUUGUAAUAGAUUAUGGUAUGCCAACGUGUUUGGCCUGGGGUGUUCUGUGGGUCCACACAAUAUUUGUUCUCUCAUUGCCCAUAAAUGAAGAAUAUAUCAAAGUUGAAUA